CUGUCCAAGUGGAACCUCUGCCAUCUUCUCGUGCGUCGUCCCCCCGGCCACCCUCCUCCUCCUCCUCCUCCUCCUCCUCCUCCGCGCUCGUAGCCGCAGAUGCGCCGCUGACGGGCGCCCGCGCAGACCGAGCCGCUCACCUCUCUCUCGUCCCCGGGCGGAGGGACUGGUCCCGGUAGUCCGCCCGGCUCCGGCGGAGCUGCACCAUGAGCGGCGCGGAGCAGCAGAAGCAGGAGAAGCAGCAGAAGAUGCGCGCGCUCCUGCAGGAGCUGCUCCAGAGAGCAGGCAACGGCACGUGCGCCGACUGCGGCGCUGCGGACCCCGAGUGGGCGUCGCUCACCCUGGGUGUGUUCGUAUGCCAGGCCUGCUCGACCUUCCACAAGGCCAACCCAAACAUCAGCAGGGUCAAAUCCGUGUACCUGGACCCGUGGCAGGCCUCGGAGGUGGAGUUCAUGGCGUCUGCCGGGAACGACGCGGCCAAGGCCAAGUAUGAGCAGAAGAUCCCGGCAUUUUACUACCGACCCACACACACUGACUGCCAGGUCCUGCGGGAGCAGUGGUUCCGCGCCAGGUACGAGCGCGACGAGUUCGUGUACAUCGAGAAACAGGAGCCGUACUCGACAGGGUACAGGGAAGGGUUUCUAUGGAAACGGGGACGAGACAACGGACAGUUCCUGAGCCGGAAGUUCAUCCUGUCCGAGCGGGAGGGGUCCCUCAAGUACUUCAACAAGCACGACGCGAGGGAACCCAAGGCAGUGAUGCGGAUCGAGACGCUCAACGCCACCUUCCGCCCAGCCAAGAUCGGAAGCCCCAACGGCCUCCAGGUGACCUACCUGAGGGACAACAGCACCAGGAACAUCUUCGUGUACCAUGAGGACGGCAAGGAAAUGGUGGACUGGUUCAACGCCAUCCGAGCGGCCCGCUUCCACUACCUCCAGGUGGCCUUCCCCGGGGCGAGCGACGCGGACUUGGUGCCAAAGCUGACGCGGAACUUCGUGAAGGAGGGCUACAUGGAGAAAACCGGUCCAAAGCAAACGGAGGGCUUCAAGAAGAGGUGGUUCACCAUGGAUGACCGGAGGCUGAUGUACUUCAAAGACCCAUUGGACGCCUACGCCCGAGGGGAGGUGUUCAUCGGCAGCAAGGAGAACAACUACACGGUGCUGUCGGGCCUCCCGCCCUCCACGCAGGGCAACCGCUGGCCGUUCGGCAUCACCAUCGUCACGCCCGACAGGAAGUUCCUGUUCGCCUGCGAGACGGAGGCGGAGCAGAAGGACUGGAUCGCCGCCUUCCAGAGAGUCAUCAACCGACCCAUGCUGCCUCAGGAGUAUGCAGUCGAAGCUCACUUCAAGCACAAGCCCUGAGGAUGACGAGAGACUGCAGGACCCACAGGAGCAGCGGGGUGCCGGGACUCGUCGCCUGGAUGGAGCUGAUCGGUGGGGUAGAAGAACACUCGUGGAGUCGGGGCGGGGCGGUGCGGUGCUGACCUGUCCCUUGUAUGGCUGAGCGGGCCCUUGGACACAGCAACGGGUCUCUCUUACCCCUACCCCAUUAACAACCCCUCCAGCGCCCCAGUUCCUGCCCCACCUAUCCUCUCUGGUACACCUGCCGAAACGAACGCCGAGCAGCACCGCCGCAUUGAACAAACGUAGCGAUACAUCAGGAGCCGUGAGAACAACAGGUCAACCGAAAGACUUUCUCAACAAUCAUCUUGGUCACAUUUCAAGGCAGAUAUUAGUAUUUCCUCAAAGGGAAUGAGCGUGGUUGUGGUGCAAGUACAACAUGUCUUUACGUACGAUGAGCACUAGAGGGCAACGUCGGCGCUCCAGCCGCCUUAACGGCCUUGAGAGUCGGUCUUAUAGAAUGGGCCCGCGUGCCGAGCGAUGCGGUCGAAAGUGGUCUGUGUCACCCACGCAUCCAGCGGAGAUCCGUGUGCAUGAGGGCAGAGAUUUAAAAUUGUCGAUAAAAAUUUUGAUCCUCGUCA